AUGAGUUCAAAUCAUCAAUGGAUGUACAAAAGAUUAACCAAAGGUCUGUAUGAUCCUGAAUUCCUAAGAGGUGUACAACAAUUUAUUGAGUUCGCUAUGAGUCAUCCAGAAGGAAGGGAUGGUGAGAGACUAAGGUGCCCAUGUAACCGAAAGAAAUGUCAGAAUAGAAACUUUGAAAAUGUUCAUACUGUCCAUGGGCAUUUAUUAAAAGAAGGUUUUGUAUCAGGAUAUCAUGUAUGGUAUUUGCAUGGAGAAAGUGAAGUUACGGAAACUAUAGAUCAAGAUGAAAGAAUGCACAACUGGGAACAUACUAUGAAUAACCUACCGGUUGAUGUUAGUGAAUUUGAUGAUCCUGGACCUAGUACGUCUUAUCAUAGAAUGGUUCAUGAGGCUGCUGGUCCCGCAUUUGUUCCAGAUCAUAUGGAGGAAUUACCUAAUCCUGAUGCCCAACAUUUUUAUGAUAUGCUUGAUUCUGCAAAUCAAGAAGUGUGGCCUGGUUGUGAAACACACUCAAAAUUAUCAGUUGUUGCUCGUUUGUUGCAUAUCAAGGCUGAACAUCACCUCUCUGAAAGAUGUUUUGAUGAUAUUUGUCAAUAUGUGAAUGAGAUGAUUCCGCCUGAUAAUGUGAUGCCAAAAAAUUUCUAUGAAACUAAAAAGUUAAUGAGGGGAAUGAACAUGCCAGUUGAAAAAAUUCAUACUUGUGUCAAUGCCUGCAUGAUUUACUGGGGAGAGGAUAGUGAACUUGUAAAUUGCAAGUUUUGUAGUCAUCCCAGGUAUAAGCUUACAAGUCAAAGUUCUAUUCAGAAGAAAUAUCUUGUACCAUUCAAACAGAUGUAUUACUUUCCUCUUACUCCACGACUGCAACGAAUGUAUGCUUCCACAGCAACUGCUUCACACAUGCGAUGGCACGCUGAACAUGAAGUUGAAGAAGGCGUGAUGCGUCACUGUUCAGAUGCACCUGCAUGGAAGCAUUUUGAUAAGAUGCAUCCAUCUUUUUCAGAGGAAAAUCGUAAUGUUAGAUUGGGACUGUCCACUGAUAGGUUUCAGCCAUUUGGUCAAACAGGAAAGCAAUAUUCAUCUUGGCCAAUAAUUGUGACACCAUACAACUUACCUCCUUGGAUAUGUAUGAAAGAUCCAUAUUUAUUUUUAUCUGUUAUAGUUCCUGGACCAAAGAAUCCUAAGCAGCAACUAGAUGUCUUCUUGCAGCCUUUGAUUGUUGAGUUGAAGAACCUAUGGAAUGUAGGUGUCAACACAUAUGAUAUCUCUAAGAAGCAAAAUUUUCAAAUGCGAGCUGCUUUGAUGUGGACAAUAAGUGACUUUCCUGCAUAUUCGAUGUUGUCUGGAUGGAGUACUGCAGGCAGGCUAGCAUGUCCAUAUUGUAUGGAGAAUUCUGAUGCUUUUACUUUGACAAAAGGUGGUAAGCAGUCCUGGUUUGACAAUCAUCGUAAAUUUCUGCCACUUAAUCAUCCAUAA